AUGGAGUUAGCUUCCUUCGUCGGUAGAGCUCUGUUCGUUUCCGUAUUCCUUCUCUCCGCAUGGCAAGAGUUCAAUGGUUUUGGCGAUGAUGGAGGUCGAGCAGCUAAAUCUUUAAGACCAAAGUUCAAUGCUUUUGUUAGCCACGUGACUACUCAUACUGGCCAGCAAUUGCCACCAGUUGAUAUGAAGAUUCUUGUUGCUGCUGCUAUCGCCUUGAAGGGCAUUGGUGGACUUUUGUUCGUCUUUGGCAGCUCUUUGGGAGCUUAUCUCUUGCUUCUGCAUCAAGCCGUUGCCACCCCGAUUCUGUAUGAUUUCUACAACUACGAUGUUGACAAAAAGGAAUUCAGUCAACUGUUUUCCAAGUUUACUCAGAGCUUGGCACUCCUUGGGGCACUACUCUUCUUUAUUGGAAUGAAGAAUUCGAGGAGACAUGGCAGGCAACUCCGGAAGAAGGCUCCAAAAGCUAAAGCAAACUGAUAGAAAGGAUGCUUUCAUCGGUUUGUUCAAGCUUUGGUCUGUAUUUUUAUUUUUAUUUUGGUUUAAUGCAAUGAGACCAUGGGAGAGGCAAAAUCUUUGCUUAUUUCCUUGCUUUUUGGUUCUCUAGAGAAAUACCAUUUCAAUUUCGGAUUUAACUUUUUCUUUUUGAGACGCAGUUUCAUCGUGUGGUACACUUAGUUUAGUUGUGGUAAGAGUUCUUUGCUCGACCAUAUAUAACCCAUUUUCACUUUCUUAAAAUGACAGCUAAAAUGAUGCUGAACAAGCAUGGUUUUAUUUUACGGGACUCAUUACAUUAUACGAUAAGAUAA